UUUAGACGAGCGUCAUCAUUCCGAGAUUUCUUGUGUGGAUGUGGCUAAUCUUCGUCCAUUUGCCUUGGAAUCCGACUGAAGCGUAGCAGGACGGUGUACAUCCUUCGAAGUAUUUACCACAGAUAAGACACAAAAUGCCUGGUCCUGCCGCAAGUGCUACGAAUGUGGGCGCAUCCAGCCGCUCUCCCAGCAAAGCUGUGGCCCCCAGAGCAGCAGGGUCCACAGUCAGACAGAGGAAAGCCACCAGCAGCGGGACGAGGAGCGCGGGGCGAUCAGCGACAUCAGCAGGCACGGGAGGCAUGUGGCGCUUCUAUACAGAGGACUCCCCAGGGCUGAAAGUUGGCCCAGUUCCGGUCCUGGUCAUGAGCCUGCUCUUCAUCGCGUCAGUCUUCAUGCUGCACAUCUGGGGGAAGUACACCCGCUCAUAAACUGCAGCUACGCAUCCUCUCCCCCGCCGACCCUCCCCAAAUUCAACAGGCACCCUUUCAGCUUCCCAAAUCAUCAGACCUGGACCAAACCCUCUCCCCAGUACGCCCCGCCCCGCCCCACCCAAACCUUAGUGACUGCUGGACGCCGGAGGAACGCUACCCCC